AUGCCACCCCGAUUGAUGGCGCUGCCCACGCAGCUGUCGCAACUCAUCAUGCGGCCUGCGAUGCAGAUAUCGCCAUUGGGAUUCCUCGCUCCGACCCUGCAGCAGCAGCAGCAGCAGCAGUCCCGCUGCGCUUCCAUUCUCUCCUCGCUCUCCGAUAAUCCCUCUGCAUAUAAUAAGCGCAUUCGCCGCGGUCGAGGUCCUGCGUCGGGCAAGGGAAAGACUUCUGGACGAGGUCAUAAGGGUCAGAAGCAGCAUGGCAAGGUUCCUGCUGGAUUCAAUGGUGGUCAGACGCCGGAUAUUGUUGUGCAUGGCGAGAAAGGAUGGAACAACAUUUUCGCCGCCGACAUGGCCCCCGUCAACCUGGAACGGAUUCAAGAAUGGAUCGACCAGGGUCGUAUCGACCCAACCCGUCCCAUCACUAUCCGCGAACUCACACAUUCACGAUGCAUCCACCAACCCAAGGACGGCGUCAAGAUCCUGGGCGGCUCGGCCGCCGCCCUCAAGCAACCCGUCCAUCUCGUCGUGUCACGAGCCUCCGCCUCCGCCAUCCAAGCCGUCGAAGCCGCCGGCGGCUCUCUGACAACCCGUUUCUACACUCGCAAUGCCAUCCGUCACAUUCUCCGCAUGGAAUCCCAUCCUUUCAUCUCCCUGGCCUGGUCACCCCAGAGUGGACCCGAAGCCUUGCUCAAGGCCGACGGGGCCCCCGAGGAUCUGUCCGAGGCCAACGUUAUGAAAGCUCGCGGCUUGAAGUAUCGUCUUCCGGACCCGACGCGUCGUCGUGAUAUUGAAUAUUACCGUGACCCUGCGCACCGGGGUUAUCUGGCUCAUCUGCUCAAGCCGAUGGAGGGACCCAGUUUGUUCUUCCGUUCGCCCGAGGAGCGCAAGUCCACGGCCGGUACGAAGAAGGAGAAGAUUCUGCCCGAGAACAGACUCUGGUAG